CCCAACAGAGCUUCACCGGCCAGAUACGCACGCGAGGGGCUUGGGCAUGAUUUCAAAAUAUUCGUACAAAGUUCGCUUUUAGUCCCUCCCACUUCUCUCUUGUUUCCUGUCUCGAAGCAAGUCUAAAAUUGUUGUCCUGUCAUAUAAAUACGGCCCGCCAGGUACUUCGUAAGAACACUCUGGAUCACACCAAACUAAACCUGGCUGCCUUCACGUGCUCUUUCGUAGUUAGCAUCGCUCUUGCGAAGGCAAAUGACUUCUGUAGAUGAUACUUCUAAGCGGUUCGAAGAUGUUGAUAAGCCGCAAGAAAUUGAAUCGAACACGCUGGAUGGAAGCAAAGUGCGAUGUUUUCCCACUGUCAAGCGAACUUUUCGUCAAAAACAAAGCAGUUGGAGGUGGAGAUGGAAGUAUUUCACAAGGUAUGCUACUACAGUCGCUAUUUCAUUAGAACUCUAAGUUUUCUACACUGUACAAAUUUAUGAGAACCACUGGACAACGAGUGAUUUUACAUCGCUUGAGGCGGCAAUCGAUUCCUUCCAAUCAGUACCUCAGUACUCGAGAUCUCCAGGUGAUUUCAGGGGCAAACAUCGCUGAGCAAUAUUUGAUAUAAGUUAUAUAACAGAAGACCCUCAUAAAUGAGAGCUUGACGUUUAGCUUAAAUAUACCGAUAUUUCGGCUCCAUUUUCUAGAAAAUUCUUUGUUAUUUAUCAUGACGAUGGAAAACUUUUCUUCCGAAAAUUAAAUGUUGCAAGCAGAUGGUUUUCUGCUUUGAGAGUACAGUUUCGUUAGUAAAAUAUCGAGCUUGUCGUUAUGACAUCUCGAGCUUUUCCGCCAACGUUUUUUUCGGCCAGCUAAUUAAAAUAUUUUUCAAAGUCAGUUUGAUAUUUUGUGCGUGAUUCGCUUCAUCUCCCUUGGUGAAUCGUUGAACUUCGCGCUCUUUGUGGAUACGUGAUAACCCUCCUAUUCAAGUAAAAUGGGCGUUUAUCGCAAAGCGAAUUAUAGCAUUUUUAACCUUCUUUUAACUGAACUUUCCCACAAAUGCCCACUGUCCUCUUCUUGAAAAACCCAGCGACAUUUUUCCUUCAUUCUGGUGUGAAUUUAUUCAUUUCAUAUUCAUAAUUUUCUAAACUCAAACAACCGCACAUUCAUAUUUGAUAGCAUUCCAUACCAUGAAAUCACAACUUAAACAACUGUCUUUGAUUCAUGUAAUGUUCCAUGUUCUCAUAGGUUUACCAGAUUAUUUUAAACAUAAGCUUCAUAAUUUUUACAGGGUUUAACCUUUUCGUGUCAAUCCUUUCAAAUUGAGUUUUUACGAUUGUGUAUUAAAACUACUGAAUGACCUUGUAAACAACACUUCAUGCUGUGUUUGUCGACUUUCCGGCAUACCGGCACCUUUUAGCCUCAAAAUUCGUUUCCCUGGAGCAAGAAUUUUCUAGACCUGCUGGCCUUGAAAUAUUCGGCAACUCUAUUCAUUUUCAAUGAAUCUUGAUUGUGGGCGAAAUUGUGAAAAGACGCGAAACUACACAUUCCACGCGUGAAAUCAGCUUUGUUGUGACUUAAAGCACGUGUUGUUAUUUGUGACAUCGGAAACAAUAGGAUUUGUAAUUCAAUACAUCAUGUAUCGAUUGUGCCCAAGUGGUGAAUGCGCUGUAGUUAGCAAUUAGUGUUUGUCUUCAUUAAAUAAUAUUGCAUACCAGUACUGUAGUUUAAAAAAUGAAUCACUCAGUAACUACAUUGUAUCUUUAGUCAUUUGGAGUGGCUGGAAAUUUUGCCCAGCAUCUAUGGAAUUUAUUUUUGUUACCAUUAUGAAAAACAACCGUUAUUGAUUCUUGGUAUUUUUCUUGGUUCAUAUCAGUUUUUCCUUUCAGUUGACGUUUCCUCAGUGUUGUUAAGCUUCCAUAAUCCCAUUUUUCCCAUUAUUUAUUUUUUUGCUUGAAGACAUACAGCAGACAUCAUGUUUUUCAAUGUGAAACAAAAAAAACAUAGCGACACAUAUUUUUUAGAACACUCAAGUUGAAAUUCAGAGUAAAGUAUUCAUUUAAAUGUUAUUUAAUUGCUGGGUUCUUCACAUUGUGAGGAAAUGCAUGCUUGACCCAACUAAGGGAUGCCUAUAUGACCCUGCUAGAUAUUCAUCGACUUGUGUUUAAAGAGGGGGAAAUGGGGAUUUGCAGUGUCGCUUAUUUUUUUUGUGCGGUGUUGCAGUGAAUAAAAUCCCGUGUUGCGGGGAUCUUAAACCCUACAGUGUGCGGAGUUUCUGAUUUUAAACCUACAGGAUUUGGUGAAACAAAAUCAUUUGCGGUUUUGUGGUUUAUCAUUUCACCGUAGUUACUAAAACGAGGAACCAAGCGAAACGAGCCAAAAGGACCUGAACUAUACACAAAGACCCAUAAUUAUCAACAAUGAUCAGAAUUAAUGAACAAAAGAUCGACAACGACCAAAGACAAGUUCCACCAUCCAAGAAUGUUACGUAAAAUUGAUUCUACUAGCUCACUGCUUUGUUAUAGCAGGGGCGAAGGAUGAUCUUUUUGGUCUUUUUAUACAAAAAAAAAAUUCAAAACAAAUGGAUAAUAUGCAAAAUCUAGGUUUAUUUUUUUCACGACUGUCUCCUCAGUCCCAUGGGCAGUGCAUGCAUUUUUCUAUCUGCAUGACUGAAAAUAGAGUUCGCAAAUAACUUGAGGUCAGUAUCACUCUCCAUGACUCUCUACUAAUCUCUAAUCAGCUCCGUGAUCGUCUCUCCUUAAUUAUAUGGGGAUUAGGAUUAGAUUAAUCAUAGGACAAAAAUUAGACUUUCUACAGUAAAAGUCCUUUAUUUUUUUCCUGAUUUGUUAUGCCAUUUUAAAGGACUUUUCAUAUCGAAAUUCACUGGUCGAAAAUUCUAAAGUAAUAUUGCAAUGUCAGUGUUUCGCCACUUCUUUUUGCAGUGGUCAAUGUGGUGUUUGUCUGUUUGUUUGUUUUUUUUCUGUGGUGUCAUGGUGUGGACAGUCCUCCAUUUAAGCAAGGUUUAUUAUUAUGAAUAUAUUCUCCCUGUUGUCUGAAGAAGUCUAUAUGAUAUUAUCCAUAUCUAACCUGUACAUGUAUCCCCCCGUAGAAGUCAGUGAUAGUUGACCUUACCAGAUUGGUGCAUUUAUUCCAUUAAAUUAAAUGCUCUUUCCAUUAAGGCUAUGUGCUUACCCUGUACCAGACAAAUUUUUGGACUGGCUAAAAAAGGGGUUAUGUGCGCUAAAUAUUUGUACAAAGUUUGCUUUUUGGCCCUCCCACUUCCCUCUUGUUUCCUGUCUUGAAGCAAGUCUAAAAUUGUUGUCCUGUCAUAAUACGACCCGCCAGGUACUUUGUUAGAACACUCUGGAUCACAGCAAACUAAACCUGGUAGUGGCUGCCUUCACGUGCUCUUUAACAGUUAUAAGGAAGAUCAACCUGAUUUGCCUGUAUCUCUUGAGCAGAAUUAAUGAAUGUAAAAAAGUGAGAUGAUAGUAGUCUAUACAGUGCAGCUUCAUCAUGUACAUGUAUAAGGAUGCGGUUGUAAAACAGUGGAUACUAAUACAUCCCCUGCUUUUGUGUUAAAUUUGUAGGGCACUUCAACCCAUCUCAGAACAAGGGGAAAACACAAGGGAAGAUGUUAUUAAAGUGGAGGAAAAUAACACUCAGCUCCCUUCCAAUGUCCAUAACAGUAGUGAUUUAGAAGCUUCAGAAGUGAAUGAACAAGAAAUUGUAAAUUCAAACUGUGAGCAUGUAGUUAAUUCUUACAAUGAGGAUGAAAACUCUCACGGAGAAACAGAACAUUUGAAAUCCAAAGAAGACUACAGUGCAUGUAACAAACUCAUUGAGAAGUUUCAAGAAGCAGUACUGGAUAAUGCAGUGAGAGUUAUCCAAGCAGCCUUUAAGCGUUUUAGAGAAAGGCGGAGAUUUUUGAAGAGACGGAGAGCCGCAACUAUCAUACAAAGAAGUGUGAGACAUUGGCUUAUGACGAGACAUUUAUCUGAAACUUCAUGUACGGAGAGCUGUUUUGCUAUCAAAGAAGCAAAUGAGUGGAAUACUGAAACACAAGAAAAUUUGUCAUCUACAGAGCAAGAAAGAGAAAUGGUUGACUGGACUGGUAAUCUCAGUGACAGUGAAGAAAUCCAAAAUAAGCUUGAAAACAGUGAAGUUGUGAGUGAAGGACUUUCAGAAGGAAAAGGUAACUUGUUAGAUUCAGCGUCAUGUAAAGCUGAUCAAUUUGAAAGCUCACUUGACAGCCUCGAUGAUUCCUCUUUAUCUGGAAGUACCGACAACAUUAGUGAUUCAGGAGUGUGUAUUGACCAAGGUGAAGAUAACAUUGCUGUUACUAAUGAUCCAGAUGCAUUAUCAUUAGCUGACAGCGGCAUUGAUAUGUACUCUGAUACACCUGUUGAGGCCACCAUUGUGGAUGACUGUAAAUGUUUCACAACUGGCCAUCCAUUGCCAAAUUCAACUCCGGAGACAAUUUCUGAACUCCAGUGAUGUUUUAUCAGUCAGUAAUGGUAAGGAUAGAAAAAUCUACCAACGAAUUUUUUUGGUCUUAAUUCUGUGUAAUUCCAAGUGUUUAAUUCUGGUUACUAUCUAUUCCCAUCAUACAGUCUGUUAAACUGGAUUACUUUAUUUUGUACAUUGAAUCUGUUUGGUUUAUUUCUCCCAAACAUUCAAAAUUAAUUUAUUCAAUAUGCAAGUUUCUGAUUGAGUUACACGUAGUAAGUUCUGUAUAUAUAAAAACCUAUUUGCAACUAAUAUCAUUAAACUUGGACAUAGUUAUGCAUAUUUUAACAUACAAGGCUGAUGGACUAAUAUCUUUUUAUUAAUAGUAUUUUUGUGACGUGUGAAAUUUUUUUUUCGCUAUAGGACAAUUAGAUAGUAUCUCUGAAAUUAGGUGUCUUGCUUUUGAGGCAAUUAAGACUUGACUUCAGCCUUUUUUUUGAAAGUGUAGUAAAAACUUUGGGAUUGGAGUGGAGAGUCCAAAGCUACCAUUGUAGACUGUUCAGUCUUGGCUCUAGUUAAACUUCAAUUGAAUUAAUAACUGACCCUUAGGGUUACUUUUGUAUGUUGCUAUUUCAAAUAUUUAUUAAGAAUUUUUUAUAUGAUUUUUGAUGCGCCUUUCUGCACAUUUUUGUUGAGUGUAAUGGUCCUACAUGUAAGUGACAUCUGAUUGAUUUAGAUUCUCCCUACAAUUUCCCUUGUGUAUGCUUGUGAUUCAUCAGGAUAAUUUCACAUCAGAUCAGAAGUCGCUUAUGGCCUUGUUCCAUGAACUUUGUUUCUUUUAUGCUUGCAGCAAUGAGUUUUGGCAGGUAGCUGUAUUUUCAGGCUAGCCUGUAGAGCAGUCUGAAAGCUUAUUUUUGCUUACACAUGAAGAGAGAAAUGUUCAGCUGUGCAGUCACCACCCUUAAUGACUGGUUGGCUGUCUGAAUUUUCUCUCUCCAAAGAAGGGAGUACAGUUGGCUGUAUUUUAGCGAAGAAAUUAGCGUCAAUCAUUGUUCCAGUUAACUGAGACAACUUUUGAAUCCUGUCAAAUAAACAUUCUUGUGCAAUCAGGCCUUGAGUAGCGAGACAGCGCCGAUAUCCUUUUUCUGGACCCCAUAUGGAUGCAACAAAUUACCAAAAAGCCGGUUCAUAAUAUUUUAACUUCAGUGUGAAGUUUAACAGGUCAAUCAUGGCGCACUCAAAUCCUAGUACACAGGUGGUGGUCCAGAACAAGGAUUUUAAUGCUGUUUGUCAGAUGGACCUAACCAGAAAUUUAGUUCUGUCUGUGGCACAGGCUAGCCUUGAGUGGUGCCAAAUAUCAUUUACAGCUGUAUACUUAGGUAGCAAUUAAACCUGCUGUUCUCCCUUCUUAACCAAGGAUUUAUCUACCUAUAAUUUUUUGUAUUUUUCUUAUACAGAUCCCAUUUGCUGGGACACUUUUUGUGAGUUAACCAGGUUAUUAUUUGCCCUAGAACAAAGUUCAAAAUUUUUAUUAGCAGUCAGAUGUCUGUGUGGUUAGAAGUAUUAAAAAUAACUUCAAUACCACAUGAAUGCUACAAUUUUGUUAAAUCAGUGCUUGGAUGUAAAGACUAAAUAGAAUCUAAAGUGAGCCAAGAUGAUUCUUUGAUAAUUGAUUAACUUUCUGGUAAGGCAUUUUUUUUGUACAUGUACUUGCUUUAUUUUAGAACUGGUUUAAAAUUUUAACACCGAAGAUAAUGCUGCCGCAUUGCCCAUUGUUUAAUUUGGUUUGUUCUUAUGGGAAAUAACCUGGUUAAAUCUUCUGGUGUGUCAAUGGAUUAAUGCUUGGUUUAAUCGGCUAAAUAAUUCUGUUGGUGUAGUGUAUUUUGUCGAAAUUAUCAGGUGUGCAAUAUUGUACACUAAAAUUAUGAAUUUUGAGGCUGUUACAAUGGAAUAAUAUGAAAUGCCAGCAAUAGUGGAAAUAUUAUUGUUGAAAUUUUUUUAAAGAAUAUAAUUAUGUUAUGUAAGAAAUUUCUUUUCAUAUACAUUUCAAGGUUUCCCUUCAACCCAAAUUGGUUAUUUAAAAAAAGAAAAAGUAUAAUACAAUUUAUAAUAAACCAAUAUUGCAG